UUUUUAAUACGAAAAGCUUUUCCCAUACGCAAAUCUGUUUGUAUAUAUAUUGAUGUCAUAUGAAUUACCUGCGUCUCUACAAUUGAAGUUUCAUGACAGAUAAAUACACAUACACAGUUUUUAUACAGAGCUGAUCAGAGAAUUUAAUUGCUUCGAUUUUUCCUCAUAUUAAAGGUUUUUUCUGGGAUUUUAAGUUGCUGGUGUUUCAAAAACGAGAAGCUUUAAACCAUGGCAGGAGACAGUGGGGGAAGAUCUUUGGAGCAAACGCCGACGUGGGCGGUGGCUGUGGUUUGUUUUAUUUUGGUUGCGAUAUCAAUAUUUAUCGAACACAUAAUCCACCUUAUUGGAAACUGGUUGAGGAAGAAACACAAGAGAGCUCUUUAUGAAUCGCUCGAAAAGAUCAAAUCAGAGCUUAUGUUGCUGGGGUUCAUAUCGUUGCUUCUAACAGUAGGACAAAGUCUAAUAUUGAAUAUAUGCAUACCGGAGGAUAUCGCAAGUAAAUGGCUUCCAUGUGGGAAGGACCAAGAAGCCGAAGCGACCGAGAAGACGGAAGAAACGACUGAGACUACAGAUUAUGAAAACCGCCGGAAACUUCUGGCGAUGAUGGCAUCUGGUGGAAACUUUCGAAGAUCUUUGGCCGCCGCAGCUUCAACUGAUAAAUGCGCAGAAAAGAAAAAAGUUCCAUUUAUAUCUUCGGAUGGUAUUCAUCAACUACACAUUUUCAUCUUCGUUUUGGCUGUUUCCCACAUCCUUUACUGUGUUCUAACCAUGGCUUUGGGGAGAGCCAAGAUGAGAAAAUGGAAGCAAUGGGAGAAAGAAACAAGAACAGCAGAGUAUCAGUUUUCACACGAUCCUGAGAGGUUCCGAUUUGCAAGAGAGACGUCGUUUGGCAGAAGGCAUUUGAGCUUCUGGACCAAGACACCUGGACUCAUCUGGAUUGUUUGUUUCUUCAGGCAAUUUGUUCGCUCAGUUCCUAAAGUAGAUUAUUUAACUUUACGACAUGGAUUUAUCAUGGCACAUUUGGCACCCCAAAGUCACACCAGAUUUGACUUCCAAAAAUACAUCAACAGGUCGCUGGAAGAGGACUUCAAGGUUGUUGUGGGAAUCAGUCCACCAAUCUGGUUCUUUGCAGUCAUUUUCCUGCUCUUCAACACUCACGGAUGGUACUCUUAUCUAUGGCUCCCAUUUAUUCCAUUAAUUGUGAUACUGCUAGUGGGAACAAAGCUGCAGGUGAUUAUAACCAAAAUGGGGCUUAGAAUUAUGGAGAGAAGACAAGUUGUGAAGGGCGUGCCUGUGGUUGAGCCUGGUGAUGACCUCUUUUGGUUUAACCGCCCGCGCCUCUUGCUUUACCUCAUCAAUUUUGUUCUCUUUCAGAAUGCCUUUCAGCUUGCUUUCUUUGGAUGGAGUUGGUUUGAAUUCGGAUUGAAAUCGUGUUUCCAUGAGCAUACAGAGGAUAUAGUCAUCAGAAUCACAAUGGGGGUCCUCAUUCAGAUUCUGUGCAGCUAUGUGACUCUUCCUCUCUAUGCCCUUGUAACACAGAUGGGUUCCAACAUGAAACCAACCAUAUUUAACGAAAGAGUGGCAACAGCACUCAGGAAUUGGCAUCGCACCGCCAAGAAACACAUUAAAGAAAAUAAGAGCUCCGUCUCCGGCGGCGCCACCCCAUUCUCCAGCAGACCAACCACCCCAUCCCACCGUGCCUCUCCAGUACAGCUCCUCCGCCAUCACCGGAGCGAAAUAGGCAGCGGCCAUACCUCCCCCAGAAGAUCCAAUUUCGAUAUCGAGCUAUUGGAAACAGACUCUCCAUCUCCUUCACAGCACUACCGAGGUGAUGGUUCAUCAUCAUCUAAUUACCAUCACAAUAAUAAUUUUACUGAUAGAAGAAAUUACUACGUAGAGUAUGAUCCGAAAGUCAAUGAACCGGAUCAACAACAGUCUGUUCAGAUUGAAAUCGCCAAAGAUUUUUCAUUCGAUAAAAGGACAAGUGUAUAAGCAUUUAUUAUAAUUUAAUACAAUUACACGGAUGAUGGCAUUAGCAUGAUAUGGGCCUUAAGGUUCACCAAGGCCGUUGAUUUUGCACCACCGUGUAAAGUAUGCUUCCUUUGUUCUUUCCA